UUGGGCUGACAGACUACUUAUAUUACAAACACGAUCAGCUCAUGAUUAGACUAUACCUAAAAAUAGUUGUUACGUUAUGUAAUCCUUAUUUAUAUUCCUGUUAAACACCUACUUAAUCGUCACCGUUGCCUGUUGGGAUACAAUCUUUAAUUUAUUCAGAUAUGGGAAAAGCACAGGGUAAUCGAACCAGUCGUUCCGUUCGCAAACCAAAGUCAGGAUGCAAGGGAAAAGAGAAAAAAGGGACAUUCAAAUCCGAUGCUUUCCAGAAAAAAAUCAGGUCGGGAGUAAGCACUAAAGAUGAAUUUAGAUGGAAAGCGAAACGGUGUACAACAACGAAACGCAAACUAUCUGAGAGAAUUAGGUAUGGAGGUGGAAGGUCCGAGAAGAAAAAAGAGUCCCACAAAGGGUAUGCACGACCAUUUAGACCCAGGUCAGGCCCUCAGCCUGUGCCGAUUGACAAUUUUCCGGGCGGAGUUUCACGUCCAUGGACAAGUCUGCCGAAAGCAAACUUAAGGACAUCGUUCGGAUGUUUUCGGUUAAGUUUUAAUUAAUAUAUCCAAUAACAAGUUCUUUAAUGAAUGUUUAAAAGUGAAACAAAAUCAUAUCAAUCACUUAAGGAUGUGUCUUUCUGCAAAAUAAUUGAGAGUACAGGUAUGUCAGACACUUGAAUAUACAAUGUUUUGUUUAUUACCAUGUACAUACAUAUUGACAUAUUUCAUUUAAUAUAUGUUAUGAGUAAUUAUCGAUGUACAAUGUAUAAGUCGGAAAUAAACAUUUUGUCAUGUAA